UUUGAAAUUGUGAGUUUGAGUAUUUUUUCUUAAUUGAUUUUACAAUUUCCAUUGUUUGCUACGCUGGCCGGCCACUUCCGCAGUGAUACGACAGAGACGUUGACGUCAUAGCCAGAUUUUCCAGUUGUAUACGUUUUAAUUUGUGUGUCUCAUUUAAACAAAGUUGAAGAUACAGCAGGAAAUACCACAGAGAGCUAUCAGAAAGUGAGUACCCGUGUUAGUGACAUUAUUAAAGUGACCAGAGGCUGAGCAUGGCGUCAGGUGUGUCGCCCUCAGGUUCACCCAGGGAGCAGAGUCAUGGGAGCCCAGCCAGCUCCAGUAACCCAUCCAGCUCUGACCCUGAGGACCCAGCUGGGCCCAACGCUGGCACAGACACCCCAGACACCACCGCAGCGACAGAGUCAGCAGAACAGGGGGAGGAUGGAGUCACUGUGUGCCAGUUUUUCCUGAUGGGAAAGUGCCAUUUUGCCCACAGAUGUCGUCUGUCUCACAGCAACCCAUCAUCAGAUGACCCCGGUGCUGGUUUGCCGGACCAAGAUGACAUGAAGGAUGAAGAAAAAGUGGACAAAAACAAGAAGAGGAAAGGCAAAGGCACCAAAGCAGCAAAACCAAAAUAUACUGAGGGAAAAGAGUUGAAUAAAAAGCCUCGCAUGCGCACAGCAGACGAUGUCAUCUCCAGGAUCCUGUGGGAUCCGUCAGUGGAGGCAUCAGAAUUUGUAGUGGGAUAUGUGGACCGCUUCCUCGGGGUGCUGGAACGCCCCUUCUCUGAGUUCAACUGGGACACCAACCCGUGCGAUUGUGACUACUCUGCUGAACUGGCCCUGCCCAGGCACAGGAUCCAGUAUUUCCUCUACAGAGGGCACCGCGUGUGGGACCGCAACAGCAGGACUGACAGGGUCUUUGGCUCCACUGGUCAAUCUCUGGCUCCCCCCUUUGGAGGGGAAGAGGAAGUAAAGAAAACAAGCACAAAUGACACAGAAGAAUUAAAGUUAGAAACACUAACUUUAAUGCAAGAAAUAACACAAGACCAGCUGUCUACUGUCAGUGGGCAGGUAGAGAGCGAAAGGCAGGAGUGUGCCCACACUGAAAGCACACAUCUGGAGGAAGAGAAGCAGAAUGAGAUGAAUAUUCACACCCAUGAGUCAACACAAGCGCCUCUAAAGUUUACAGGGACCACUCAUCAGGGACAACAGGAAGCAGGAGGAGAAUCGUCAGCUGUGGAGGAGGCUGCAGAUGGACUUUUGAUUUCGACCGACCAAAGAGACAGAGAGACAGGAAAACAAGAGGGCCAGGAAGAGACAUUGGAAGAAUGGAAGGAAGAUUGGGAAGAUGAUGAAGAAUCAGCUCGGUGUCAUCUUGGGGUCUUUCAGAGUUCUUCAGCGCCUGUGGAGCAGAGAGAAAACAAGCGUGGUGGUCGGCCCCCUAAAAAACGACCCACCCACUUCAUCACCUUCAAGGCCAACACCCCUGCCAUCCUGUCCUGUUUCCAGCAGCUACAGGAGGAACUCAUCACCCUUCUCCCCUCUUCUGCCCCUUAUUGGGUGACCCCCCCCAGCCUCCAUGUCACACUGUGCCUCCUGGUGCUGCCUGGCCCAGCUGAGGUGGCCGCCGCAGGAGAGACUCUCCGACGCUUUGCCCAUCUGGAUCGCAACCCCCCAGUGGCUGUGUCCUUCCCCCUGAAGCUGAAACAUUUCAACGGGAAGGUGCUCUUCCUGAGCCCACAGCCUCAGCUGCACCUGCAGCAGCUCAACAGUGGCCUGCAGGAGGCCUACAGGGAGAAGGGCGUGCUGCACAGAGACUCCUUCAACCCACGCUACCACCUCACACUGGCCAAGGUGGACGCAGACGGGGACAGGAUUUUUGAGGGGGUGGGGGACUUGAAGGUCGGUAAAGGUUUAAAUUUUGGCCGUUUGCCUGUGAACACCCUGCACCUGUGUGCCAUGGGCAUGAGAGAAGAUGGUUUUUAUGAGACCUUGUGUACAGUCACCCUUCGAUGAUAGUGUCAAAAGUGUCUCAUCAUGCAGUUUCACAUGCAUAGAUGUGUAUGCAUGUGGCCUGUGUACUAGGGAUGGAGUGAUAUGUUUUUAAGGCCAAUAUUGAUAUUCUAUAUUGUCAGUAUUGAUACACAUUUUUCUUUUUCUAACUGUGGUGGUCAACUUUUCAGACAGGCCUCUCUUAAGAUAAUAAUUUUUUAAACCAAAGACUUUUGCAGCAGUAUUGAGUGUCACACUGCUCAAUUAAAAAGAUCACCUAAGUGCUACAGUCACAAUCUGCCAGAUAUUAGCAGUAAAAAUAACACUAGACCAUUAAGAUAUUGUUUUUUAAAGCUGAUAUUGGCUGAUACUGCCGAAAUAUCAGUCCAUCCCUAUUUUAUAUGACUAGGUGCAAUAUUUCUGAUCAAGAUAUGCACUGAUCAUGAUGCCUCACUUACCAAACUUCAUGUCUUUGCUGGGGACAGUGUGCUAUUAAAGGUAUUCAGGCGCAUAUCACUACACUUACUUGUGCAGGUAUUAAACAAAGGGGACACAUACCUGGCGUCGUGGAAUAGAUUGUUUUCUUAAAGCAAUAAUUUAAGAAAAAUCCUGUCUUGUAAUUCACAAUUCCAUGAUUUAUUGAAUUUGUUCUGUAUAAAUGUUAUAUGGACUACGUGUCGAAGCGACAAUGAGUUUGUAUGCUUUUACAAUGAAUUAUGACCACUAGAUUUCCAAGAACAUUAAAUAUUGAAUCGGUUAUUUUAAA